AUGGCAUCAUCGACGAAUAUUCCACCUGAGAUCAUCGAAAUUAUCCUGUUGAAAUUAUCAUCAGUUAAGUCUGUGCUUCGAUUCAAAACAGUUUGCAAGUCAUGGAAUACGAUAAUCUCCGAUCCCGUAUUCGUCCGAAAUCAUCUCGAAAACUCUCCAAACAAUCUCUUCCUAUCUAAGCAACGACCUCGUAUUGAAGGAGGGUAUCCUUUGUUUAAAUUGGAAGGUCGGAAAUUCCACGCCGCCGAUGCGGUACCGAUACCAUCGACGACGAAUAGUAACAGUAUUCCCUACGAAACAGUAUUAUGUGAAUGUAACGGCGUACUACUCUUGGGCAGCAGUAGGUUCGACUAUAGCGAAAAACAUGUGCUGUGGAAUCCAUCUACUCGGAGGGAGAUAUACUUCGAAUGCCCCUACGCGUAUAGUAGAACUUGUACACAGAAUCGCGGGAUUUGUUACGACCGGUUAACGGAUGAUAUCAAGGUUGUUUGGAUUACCGACAAACAUUACGCGAUUUAUUCGUGUAAGAACAAUUCUUGGUCGGAAAAGAAAUUAGGAAUCGAAUACCGUGGCUUUUUUGAAGGAAUCUUUGUUGAUGGAGCUACCUAUUGGGUUUUAAGGGACGACAAAUACACUAUUCAAAUAGUGUAUUUCGAUCCGAGAACUGACGAGCUCAAGGGUUUGCAGAAACCCGAACAACUGAAUAGUGAUUGUGACCUUACUAUCAGUGUGGCUUGUUUGAGAGAGAACAUGUGUUUGUACAGCGUCAGCGGAGAAGGUGACGAUGAUAUGUUACGAUUUCGGAUCUGGAGAAAGGAAAAGGGAAUUGAUGCCGGGGGAAACCCUAAUUGGGAGGAGUUGCUAACUUUUGAAAUAAGGAAGCCUCGGGAUUGGUGGCUAGGAGUGCUUUGUUUCGUCGAAAACAAGAUUUUAAUUCGAUUGGAUGAGAACACAUUCGUCUACUAUAGCCCUUCUGAGAAGACGUUUGAAGAAAUUGACGGGACCGAGACUCAUAAUUUAUAUAGCACAUGUUGCAGUGAAUUAGUUCAAUAUCGGAAUAGUCUGUAUUUCCCUUUGCAAACGGAGACUCGUUCGAUAUCUUGA